AUGCUCAAUAACAAUACCCGCAGACCACCAGAUUAUCGCUGCCCUAACCAGCUGAAUUGCAUUCGAAAAAAUCGGCAACGCGACAAUAAAAUUCGCAAAGAAUCUCCCAAGCCGUCCACAAAGAUGCUGAGCACCACCUCCUUGAUCCCAAGCUGUCUAAUGCUUCAGAAUGACCUCCAAGUCGAAUAUGCGACUCUUGUUCUAUUUUCCUCCUUCCUCGGUUGCUGCUUGUAUCUCGAUUUGCUCACGCUUAAGACAGUGCGCUGGGUGCAACAAGCCAUCAAAGCUGCGUUGAUCAACACAUCCCACGCAACACGGGUUUUAGGAUUUCCUCUUGAAUAUCUGAACCCAGUCUGGCCGGUUCUGGAAAUCAUCAAGAUCCUAGACAUGCUACUAUUCUUGCUGGCAGAUCUCGCCGAGUUACACGGCUUAGAACUGGAAGGAUUGCUGUGA